AAAAACAACAUCAUCCCAAAGAGAAAGAAACAUUCACCAAAAGUAUUAAACACUAUGUUCUAUAACAAUAUCAUCGCUGCCUGGGUGCUUAUCGCAGCAUCUGUGUCCUCGGCUCAAAUGGUCGAGUUCGAUGUCUCCAUCGGCCAGUUCUACAUUGAAUGCUCCAAGGGUGCCUACUGUUUGAUCGACGAGAACAGCACCUUCGGCUUAUUCGCACUGGAGCCCACGGUGGAAGAAGACGAAAGUAGGUUUUCCCCAUCAACUGGAUAUUAUUUUGCAGAAGACGGUGGAGAUUUGGGCGGAUUCUGCAAUUCGGGCGCUUGCUAUUCUACCUGCGAUGAAGCAUGUGUCUGUGUCACGGAUCCUACAAAUGUCCUGGUCAUCGGCAGCGACAACUCGACAUCAUUCAACAGUGGAGGUCUAUCCCCCGAUAGUCCUAAUGCAGUUCCCUGUGCCAUCACUGAAAGUUUUCCCGAUGCUGACAUUGCGACCCCUGACGAAUUUGUCACGUACGAGAGCUCGGUUCAAAGUCCGGGUCGUCUGGCUGUGCGGUGCACUGACCAAUAUGCCACCUGCACAAGCCCCGGCAAUUCCCAGUUUACCUCUGUUGCCACUGUGAGUGGCGACUAUUCAUAUGCUAGAGAUUUCCAAGAUUGCAGCCCUGUUGAUGGAAUCUGCUACUUGAGUUGUGAUCCCAGGUGCGAAUGCCAAGAAACCAAUGCAGCCGGCGAGACCCUACCCUGUAAAGAGGGGACUCCUCCCACUUCAUCUCCUACUGUAGCCCCAGCCACUGAAACAGCAGCAUCCCCAGCGCCAACAGCUGCUUCUGCUGCUGCUUCGACCACCCAUGUAAGGUCGACGAUUGCCAUUCUUGGGUCAUUGGUUGCCACCAUUGUAUGGUAAAGAAGCAAUUUAAUGAAAUGUGAGGAAGUAAGGAAUGAUUGAAUGGUGAUAGCAAAUGCAAUCACAGCAGUAGCUUAUUGGCAUAUAUAUGGAUAGCUAGCUCGCUAAUAAAAUAAAAGAACUGAACGUCUAAUAACGGAUUCAGACGAGAUGUUAUUGAGGACGACCCGCGAGCCGAGGCCUGGGUAUUUCCCACAGUCAAGUCUGCUCACCG